AAUCACAGCUUGGUGAAAGGAAGUCAAUGUUGCCGUGGCAACAAGAGUUUGAUUUAUACAGUUCGCCGUGGAAGAUUUAUCUUCAAUUUUGUCGGUGGCCGAAUCUCACAUUUAUCGCUAACAGAGAUAAUGUUUAUUGUAGGUUGUUUUAUGUUGCUCAUUCGGUGUCUUUAUAGUUCGUUUGUACUCACUGACUGAGACAGAUGGCGGCUGAUUUAAUCGUGUUAGUCAAUUAGCUUGCUAGCUAACGUUAGCACGUCGAGCUAAUCUCUUCGCUGAAAGUAAUCCCAGCCUUGAAUGGCUUCUUCGUUCUCUUGUCAUUCAGCUUGAAAGAAGCAAUCUGAACUACUUUUAGAAGUCAAGCAAACAAUUUUCUUGGUGGAAAAACAGCUGGAAUAUUAUCUAAAAUACAUUGAAAUUAAAAGAAGAUGGAGCUCCACCUACAUAGACUUGAUUAUACUCAGGUUGGUGUGACAUCCCAGAAAACUAUGAGGUUACUUCCAGCGUUGGGAAAAAAAUCAACCCAAAAGGUUGCCAUAGCUGAUCAUGAUGGCGUAGUUACAUGCUUUGGGAUGAAGAAGGGAGAAGCAGUGCCUGUGUUUAAAACGCUCCCUGGAGCAAAGGUAGCCAGAAUGGACCUCGGAGGUGCAGUGGGAACUCCUCAGGAGAAGAUCUUUGUCUGUUCUGGUUCUCAGGUUCGAGGAUUCACUAAGAAAGGAAAACAGUUCCUCACCUUUGAGGCCAACCUCACGGAGAGCAUUAAUGCUUUGCAUGUCUCAGGAGCUGACCUUUUUGUGUGUGCAAGUUACAUCUACAACCACUACUGUGACUGCAAGGACCAAGACUACUUCCUUUCUGGAGACAAAAUAAAUGACAUCACAUGUUUAUCCUCUGAAAAGCUUCCUCACCUCAUCCCUGUGUUAGCUUGCCAAGAUCGAGUUCUCAGAGUCUUACAGGGAUCUGAACUGUCUUAUGAUAUUGAAGUUCCCGGCCCUCCAUCUGUUCUGGAACUUUUUAAUAAAGAUGGAGGAGAGGAAGUCCUUUAUGGAACCACUGAUGGAAAAAUUGGACUGGUUCAGAUUGGUGACUGUGACGCUGCAACCAAAUGGGAGGUUGGAAAUGAAAAAAGGAAAGGAGGAAUUCUCUGCAUUGACACUUAUGAUAUCAUUGGCGAUGGUGUGAAUGACAUCCUGGUGGGCAGGGACGAUGGGACAGUGGAAGUCUAUGGUUUUGACAGCUCCAGUGAGCCUACGUUACGCUUUGAACAUGUGUUGACAGAGAGUGUGACCUCCAUCCAAGGGGGCUGUGUGGGGAAAGAGUCAUAUGAUGAGGUCUUAACUGCCACCUAUACAGGAUGGGUGACUGGGCUGACCUCUGAACCCCAGAGGGCCGAGGCUGUACAAGGAGUCGAGGUCAGGAUGAGCAAGGAGACCCAGUCUAAAAUAGAAGCACUCAGUGCAGAGCUUGAGCAGCUGCAGGUGAAAGUUCUUCAGGGGCGUGAACAAUACCAACAGUCCAGUCAGUCCAGCACGGCUGUCUCUGCUGUGCCUAUUUUCAGCAUCAAUGACAAGUUCACGCUCUGCCAGGAUGACGCCAGCUACAGUCUCACUCUGGAAGUGCCGACGGCCAUCGAUAACCUACUCUUACAGAGUGAUGUCCCCAUAGACCUGCUGGAUGUAGAUAAGAACUCAGCCGUUGUCAGUUUCAGUGAAUGUGACUCACAGCCUAAUGGAAACUUCCUCCUGGCCACAUACAGAUGUCAAGCCAAUACAACCAGACUUGAGCUUAAGGUGAGAUCCAUUGAGGGACAGUAUGGGACCCUGCAGGCUUACGUUACACCCAGGCUGCAGCCCAAGACCUGCCAGGUUCGACAGUAUCAGAUCAAACCGCUUUCUCUGCACCAGCGGACACACAGCAUAGACCCAGACAGGCCAAUGAACCGACUCAGUCUGGUGGGGCAGUUCAGUUUUGCUGAGAUUCAUUCCUGGGUGGUUUUCUGUUUGCCAGAGGUGCCUGAAAAAACGCCUGCAGGGGAGAGUGUGACCUUCUACUUCCACAACACGUUCCUCGGCACACAGACUGAAGCCACAUACUGCAAAGGGGAGGGUCACUUUAAGUCAGACAAUAUUUCUACCAUCUCUAUCCUCAGAGAUGUUCUUUCUAAAGAGGCGACCAAAAAGAAAAUAAAUCUAAAUAUUUCAUAUGAUAUAAAUGACGACUCAGUGAGUCACACUCUCCGGAUGAUCCAUCCAAAACUGGAGUACCAGCUACUGUUGGCAAAGAAAGUUCAGCUUAUUGAUGCUCUCAAAGAGCUCCAGGUACAUGAGGGGAAUGCUGAUUUCCUAAUCCCAGAGUAUCGCAGCAUUUUGGAUGAGUCUGCCAAUCUUCUGGAGGAGUACAAGAAGCAGCCAGCACACCUUGAUAGGCUCUACGGGAUGAUCACUGAUCUUCUUAUUGACAAAUUCAAGUUCAAGGGCAAGAAUGUGAGAACAAAAGUGUCAUCAAUGCUGGAGAUCCUUGACCAUUAUGACUUAAAUUCACUAUUAGACUUUUUCAGUGAACCAUGAAGUCAGACAAACCAGAAAUGUAUAUUUUUCUGUUUUAUCUCUGGGCUGCUUUGUCCUGUAAUCACAUCACAGAAUGGUAAUUAUCCAACACUUAUGUUUA